AUGAAACUGAGAGGCUCAGAAAUAUUUGCGGAAGAGGAAGAAGAUGGGGAGAGAGAGUUUGGUGGAGGAACAUAUAUAAAGAAAGGACCAUGGAGUGCUGAAGAAGAUGAGAUUCUGAUGAAACAUGUCAAGAAAAACGGUCCAAGGGACUGGAGCUCCAUUCGAUCCAAAGGGUUGCUUCCCCGGACCGGAAAAUCCUGCCGGCUCCGAUGGGUUAACAAGCUUAGACCCAACUUGAAGACAGGGUGCAAGUUUUCAGCGGAGGAAGAAAGAGUGGUGAUAGAAUUGCAGGCACAGUUUGGGAACAAGUGGGCGAAAAUAGCGGCUUACUUAGAAGGAAGAACAGACAAUGAUGUGAAGAAUUUCUGGAGCAGUAGGAGAAAGAGGUUGGAGAGAAUGUUGCAGAAACCAUCUCCAUCAUCAUCAUCAUCAUCAAAGCCACACAAUAAUAAGAACAAAGCAACAUCUCCUAUUCAUCAGCCACAACCAGUAGUUGAAGAGGUUCCUUCAUGCAGUUCAAAUCAUGUGGAGCAAAACCCAUCAGGAAACAAGUUUCUGAUGGUUGGUGACACUAAGGAGUUGAAGUUUCAGAAUGUGAAAGCAGAGGAAGCCACUCCAUUUCACAUGGUUCCAUCAUUUGACUCUUCGUCAGAGUACACUUUUUCUCAGGUACUUCUUCCUGAUGACUCCCACCACCAAGUGGAUGAUGGCCUGGUCUGCCAUGGCCUGCUUGAUCCGGAGCCGUUUGAUGCCGCCUUCCUUGACAUUUUCGAGCAGCACAAGAAGCCAGGUCUUGCGUUGGGAGGAAUUGCUCAGAGUUCAAUUCCACCAAAUGGCUUCUUUGAGGACUUCCCAAGUGACAUAUUUGACUAUUUUGAAGACCUUCCGAACUCGUCAGAAAAAUGA